AUGGGCAACACAUGCCGUGGAUCUUUUGGAAUAAAAAACACACAGGGCUUCAAUAAGCCUGAAGACCAAUCUAUUUCCGCACAAAACCCUUCUAACAACUCUUUGGAUUACUCACCAACUACCUUGAUCUCCCAACAGCUUAUAGCCCAAGAAUUUUCCAAGGAUCCCAAUCCCAAACCCUUACCUGUUCCUAAGAAAGAGGUCAUCAUGAGCCGCCAUGGGAACUCUAAUCAAGCAUACUAUGUUCUUGGUCAUAAAACCGACAACAUUCGUGAUGUCUACACUUUGGGUCAGAAGUUAGGCCAGGGUCAAUUCGGCACCACCUAUUUGUGCACAGAAAUUUUAACUGGUGUAGAUUAUGCUUGUAAAUCAAUUUCGAAGCGGAAGUUGAUUUCCAAAGAGGAUUUGGAGGAUGUUAGGAGAGAGAUUCAAAUAAUGCACCAUUUGGCAGGACACAAGAAUAUUGUCACCAUUAAGGGUGCAUAUGAAGAUCCUCUUUAUGUUCAUAUUGUUAUGGAGCUUUGUAAUGGAGGAGAAUUGUUCGAUAGGAUCAUUCAGAGGGGACAUUAUAGUGAGAGGAAGGCUGCUGAGUUGACAAAGAUCAUUGUGGGCGUGGUUGAGGCAUGCCACUCACUUGGGGUUAUGCACAGAGACUUGAAACCCGAGAACUUCUUGUUGGUUAACAGAGAUGAUGAUUUCUCACUCAAGGCUAUUGAUUUCGGACUCUCCGUUUUCUUCAAGCCAGGUCAAAUUUUCACAGAUGUGGUAGGAAGCCCAUAUUAUGUGGCUCCUGAGGUGCUUUUGAAGCAUUAUGGUCCAGAAGCAGAUGUGUGGACAGCCGGCGUGAUACUUUACAUACUACUAAGUGGUGUCCCUCCGUUUUGGGCUGAAACACAACAGGGGAUAUUUGAUGCAGUUUUGAAGGGAUAUAUAGACUUUGAAUCAGACCCGUGGCCCCUUAUAUCUAACAGUGCAAAGGAUCUUAUUAAGAAGAUGUUAUGCUCUCGACCCUCAGACCGCCUAACUGCUCAUGAAGUUCUCUGUCAUCCUUGGAUUUGUGAAAAUGGUGUUGCUCCUGAUAGAGCACUGGAUCCAGCAGUUCUUUCUCGUUUGAAGCAGUUCUCUGCAAUGAAUAAGUUAAAGAAGAUGGCUUUGAGGGUUAUAGCAGAAAGCCUGUCUGAAGAGGAGAUUGCUGGUUUGAGAGAAAUGUUCAAGGCAAUGGAUACUGAUAACAGCGGUGCAAUAACAUUUGAUGAACUUAAAGCUGGUUUAAGGAAGUUUGGUUCUACGUUGAAAGAUACAGAGAUACGAGAUCUUAUGGAUGCAGCCGAUGUGGACAACAGUGGGACAAUUGAUUAUGGAGAAUUUGUGGCUGCUACGAUUCACCUCAACAAACUGGAACGAGAGGAGCACCUUGUGGCGGCAUUCCAGUAUUUUGACAAAGAUGGAAGUGGUUAUAUAACAGUUGAUGAGCUUCAGCAAGCUUGUGCGGAUCACAAUAUGACUGAUUUUCUUGUAGAGGAUAUCAUCAGAGAAGUUGACCAAGAUAACGAUGGGAGGAUUGAUUAUGGGGAAUUUGUGGCCAUGAUGACAAAAGGAAAUGCAGGUGUUGGAAGAAGAACGAUGCGCAACAGUCUGAAUAUGAGCAUGAGAGACGCACCAGGGGCUCUCUAGCCAGUAUUUCCUUUCCACACAGAUUGUACAGCAGGAUGAUAAUAGGCAAUUGAGCUUUGAUUUAAUGGUUGCUGAAGAAUUGGAUGGCCGUCGACGUUUGAUGCUUUGUUUUAUGUUGGUGUAUUAUGUGAGAACUUAAUGAGUGCACAGUUUCUUGUUCUUCUUUCUUGUUGUUUUUGUUGUUGUUCAAAUUCUUGCAAGUGGUACAACACUUUCACUUAUUGCUUAAUUUUAAUAGCUAGUUGAAUCAACUAAACUUAUUA